AUGUGGCAGUUGUGCGUAGACAGAGCGUCGAACCAAAAAGGAGCUGGAGCAGGUGUAGUCAUCAUCACCUCGGAUGGAACCCUAUCAGAGCAAGUUGUCACGCUUGUCUUCCCAACCUCAAAUAAUGAGGCAGAAUACGAGGCAUUGCUCACUGGCAUGCACUUGGCAAAGGAGCUAACAAUCAAGAAGCUAGCCAUCUACUCAGAUUCCCAGUUGAUCACGAAGCAAGCCUCAGGUGAAUGCAUGGUGAAGCACCCAAGAAUGAUCUUGUACCUUGACAAAGUCUAA